UAUUGUAAAACUUGGGUUAUUUCAUAUGCCUUCAGAAUCGAGAUAAAGCACCACACACCGUUUCACUCCAUUUCCCACUCUUUCUAGGGUUUCCCUGCUAUCUUCCUCAAUUCGAACCCUUCGCCUUUCCACCCUUCGAUUUCUUAUCUUCCAAUUCGUCAAGCGUAUCCGCGAGUCUCGAUUUCCUUCUCUGCAAGCGGUGCGUGAAAAGUGGAUUGGUCGCUUGUGAAGGAGGAACAUGUAUUCAAGAGGGAGCGGCGGUUACGGCCAAUCGUACACUGGUCAAUCCGCAUAUGGCCAGAACCUGGGUGGCAAUUAUUCUGGGAGUUCUGUUGGAGGGCAUGAUGUGGGUCAGCAUUCUGUGGCUUCUAGGCAUUCAACAAUUUUAGGUGGUUCUCAGGACGUUGAUGUUGGUGGGUAUAGGCCUUCGGCUGCGACCCAGUAUGGGGGACAGUAUAGUUCUGUUUAUGGCUCUGCUGCAUUGAGCAGUGCACAGCAGGUCCCUUCAUUGAGUACCAAGGGUUCUGCAUCAUCAGCUUUAGAUGGUCGUGGAGGCUAUGCUUUGGGUGUCUCUGAUUCACCUAAGUUUGCAUCUGGAGAUUAUGUCUCGUCCUCAAGCCAUGGAUAUGGUCACAAAUCUGAUCAAUUGUAUGGUGACAAAGGUUUGGAAUAUUCUGGAAUAGAUAGGAGACAAUAUGGUGAACGGCAGAGUGGUUACCUUGGUAGGGACUUAACAAGUGAUCCAGCUGGAAGAUAUGCUGCUGAUCCUGUUGGAUUUAGUCAUCAGCGUCAGCAAUCAGAAAUUUAUGAUCGCAUUGAUCAGGCAGCUUUGCUUCGACAAGAGCAAUUGCUGAAAGCUCAGUCUCUGCAAGCUGCAUCACUUGAUGGGGGUGCUAGACAAGCUGAUUAUCUUGCAGCAAGGGCUGCUGCUACUCGUCACCCCACCCAAGAUCUUGUGUCUUAUGGAGGAAGGAUGGAUUCCGAUCCCCGUGCUUCAUCCAUGCUAAGUGCUACUUCAUAUAGUGGACAACAUGCGCCAUCAAUAUUAGGAGCAGCUCCAAGGAGAAACGUGGAUGAUCUCUUGUAUUCUCAGAAUGCUUCAAAUCCUGGUUAUGGAGUGAGCCUUCCUCCUGGUAGGGACUAUGCCAGUGGAAAAGGUCUUCAUGGGAAUGCCAUGGAGUUGGACUAUCCUGGAAAUGUGCUGCCACAUGGUGGGCAUACUGAUCGCAAAGAUGACCGGGCAAGUUAUCUACGAGAAUUUGAGCUAAGGGAAGAAGAGCGUCGCCGGGAGCGCUUGCGUGAGAGAGAGAGGGACAGAGAAAAAGAGAAAGAACGGGAACGAUUGCGAGAGCGAGAACGAGAAAGGGAACGUGAAAGGGAUCGCAUUAUGGAGCGGCGCGAGAAGGAAAGGGAGCGAGAGCGCAAACGUGCACUUGAAACUAAGCCUGAACGAACUCCUGCGAGAUCCUCCAAGGAUCCCCGUGGUACUUCAAAAGAUCCCCGUGGUACUUCAAAAGAUCCCCGUGGGUCGUCUUUGACAAAGGAGGGGAGAUCUACACGACGGGACUCCCCACAUCAUGGAGCAUUACAUAGGCACCAUUCACCUGUUAAAGAAAAACGGAGAGAAUAUGUCUGCAAGAUAUUCCCAUCCCGCUUGGUAGAUAUUGAGAGGGAUUACCUCUUAUUAGAUAAGCGAUACCCCCGACUCUUUGUCUCUCCUGAAUUCUCCAAGGCUGUUGUGAACUGGCCAAAGGAAAACCAUAAACUGUCUAUUCAUACUCCUGUCAGUUUUGAGCAUGACUUUGUUGAAGAAGAAAGUGCCACUGAGCCUAGAGACUCCUCCAACAAGCUUUUGGUGGGACAACCUCCAAAUUCAUUACAAGGAAAUACAGUUUGGAAUGCUAAAAUAAUCUUGAUGAAUGGACUUAGUAGGUCUGCGUUGGAGGAGCUGUCAUCUGAUAAAAUUGUAGAUGAUCGCAUUCCUCAUUUUUGCAAUUUCCUUAGAUUUGCGGUUCUUAAGAAGGAUCAUUCUUUCAUGGCAGUUGGUGGUCCAUGGGAACCUGUUGAUGGGGGUGAUCCAUCUAUUGACAAUAACUCUUUAAUCAAAACUGCCCUCAGAUAUGCAAAGGAUGUUAUUCAACUUGACUUGCAGAAUUGUCAACAUUGGAAUCCUUUUCUUGAGUUACAUUAUGAUAGAAUUGGCAAAGAUGGUUUCUUUAGCCACAAGGAAAUCACUGUUCUUUAUGUUCCUGAUUUGUCUGACUGCCUCCCUUCGUUGGAUGAAUGGCGUGACAAGUGGCUUGCCCACAAGAAAGCUGUGGCUGAAAAAGAGCGUCAACUUUCUUUGAAAAAAGAGAAAUCAAGAGAUAACAAGGAAGUAUCUAAAGAUAAAUCAGAUAAAAGGAAGGAUUCUACUCCAUCAGGAAAGUCAGAUGUAAAGAAAAAAGAGAAAGAUAAUAAUACUGUUAAGGAAGAAAUUGAAGGAAAGACUGGAGUGAAUAACAAUAAAAUCACUAAAAAUGAAGGUUCUGACAUGGGUGAAGAAGGCAAGAGUGCUGAGAAAAAGACGGGGGUAACUGUCACUGGUCAAACCACAGGUGGUGUGAAGUCUGUGAAAAAGAAGAUUAUAAAGAGGGUUGUGAAACAGAAAGUUGCCACUAAGGCAAAGGCUACUGCCAUCAAACAAACAGACAAAUCAGGUGAAAAGGAUGUUGCUGAGAAAGUGACAUCCAAUGUUACUGAUCAGGAUGGAAAAUCUCCUACUGGGGUUGAAACUCCUGUAAAAAACUUAGUUGCUGAGGAUAUGUCUAUUGGGAAAAUUGAUAGUGAAGAGGGCAAAGAUAAAGAAAUAAAUAGUUCUGAAGAUAAACCUCAAAACAAGCCAAAUCCAACAGUAAAUGCAGUUGUGAGUGAUCCUUCUGUGAAAACAACAAAGAAGAAGAAAAUUAUUAAGCGGGUACCUAAAAAGAAGGUGGUGGGUGAGGCUUCUAAAUCUCUUGUAUCUGAACCUAAAAAGGAUGAGAAUCAAGGACAAGAUAGUACCCAGAGCUCUGGAAAGCAGACUGCAGAUGCAAAUACCAUAGUGACCGAGGAGAAGAAACCUGGGAAGGUAGUUCCGAAGAAAAAGAUAAAAACACCUGUCUCUAAGAAGAAAGAUGAAACUGCUGAUUCCAAUAAAACAGAAACACUGUCUGACAAAAAGGAUGAAGGGAACGUUGUGGCAGUUCAAGCACAAGAUGACACACAGAGCACUGGCAAGCAGACUGCCAAUGCAGAUACCACAGUGACACCAGAGGUGAAGAAAACUGGGAAGGUUGUCCCUAAAAAACAAUCAAAGACCCCCACGUCUGAAAAGCGAGACAAUACAGCUGAUUCCAGUAAAACAGAAACAAAGUCUGACAAAGAUGACAAAAAGGAAGAAAGAGUUACUGGUGAAAAAAGUGGGGCAAAGACAGACAAGCUGAAAGCCUCUGAUAAAGAUGUUACCAAUGUAAAGGGGAAAGUGAAAGAUGGGGACAAGUCAAAAGAUGAGAAAGUAACCCAAGAGAGGGAUGGAAAGGACGAGUCCAAAAGCAAAUCUAGUAAGGAAGUGAAAGACAAGAGGAAGUCUAAUGAACCUCCUCGACACCCUGGAUUUAUUCUUCAAACAAAAUGGACCAAAGAUUCUAAAAUACGUUCUUUGUCAUUGUCACUGGAUUCAUUGCUGGAUUAUACAGAUAAAGAUGUUGAAGAAUCAAAUCUUGAGCUUUCAUUGUUUGCUGAAUCAUUUUAUGAAAUGCUUCAGUUUCAAAUGGGUUCUAGAAUUUUGACAUUUCUUCAGAAACUGCGCAUAAAAUUUGUGAUCAAAAGAAAUCAGAAAAAGAGGCAGAGGGAAGAUGAGCAAGAGAAGGAUGAUGUAAAAAAAUCUCCUGUUAAGCGUCAAAAGGGAAAUGAUCCUUCAGUGAAGAAUGAGCCCACAAAUAUGGACACGUUAAAUCCAACCCUACUAGAUGAUGAGAAAGCUGUUGCUAGGAAUGAUAACUCUAGUAAUAAGGAGGAUGAUGUGAAGAUGGAAGAUGGAUCAGACGAGGAAGAAGAAGAUCCAGAAGAGGAUCCUGAAGAGUACGAGGAAAUGGAAAAUGGUAGUCCCCAGCAUGAGGCAUCCAAUGAUAAAAAUGCUGAGCAAGAGGCGAAUGCAGAUACUAAAUCUGAAAAUAUUACUACCAAUGAUAAAACAGCAGAUGAAACUUCUAAAGAGGAGAUUAAGGUUAAAGAUGAGGUGCAAGAAUCCAAGGCCGAUCUACAGGUAAAAGAAGAAAAGGAAGGAAAGGAUGAGAUUAAGAAAGAAACUCCUACUGCUAAGGAGGUUGUUGUGGACAGAGAAUUGUUGCAGGCUUUCCGGUUUUUUGAUCGCAAUCGUGUUGGGUACAUCAGGGUUGAAGAUAUGAGAAUAAUUAUCCAUAAUCUGGGGAUGUUCUUUUCGCACAGGGAUGUCAAGGAACUAGUACAGAGUGCAUUAUUGGAGAGCAACACUGGGAGAGACGACAGAAUUCUUUAUAAUAAGCUAGUGCGGAUGAGUGAUAUUUGAUGCCCCUUGUGUCUAUUUCAUUGUUUACGAAACACUGGAAUUGCCUGUGUUGGGACUUGGGAUUAAUGAAAGUUGCUUUUGUAAAAUUACAGUUGGACUUUAUUUGAUUGUUGAGAGGGCUGGUAGUCUUUCGUUUUAGCGAAAGGGUAAAACCUUUCUUGGCAUUUACAAUAGGAAACCAAGUAUUUUAUUUACAUGUUUUGAAUUUUUUUAAUCUCAUCUUUUCGUGAAACUUCUGUUA